CGAAAUCGUUGCUAAAAUGAUUAAUGGGCAAAUGAUAUUUCAAAUGUAAGAUGCUAGAAGACAUUUAAUCAGCAAUGGAUAUCGCAAAUGUGAGAUCAGACCUCCAAUAUAUUUGGAAAGGAUUUAUGCAAGUAAAUGGUAAAUGAAUUGCACAAUUGAUAAGAAUAUCUAACAGAUGUCAGCUCGGUACUGUUAGCAAUGUCAAUUAUUCGGAGCUUGUCGUGUGAAUUUUGCCACAAAGAAGAGGGUGAUUUACGACGGUGUACACGCUGCUUCUCCGUCUACUACUGCUCUAAGGAAUGCCAGAUUGCUAACUGGCCCAAUCAUUCCGUUUCAUGUUCAUCAUACUUAAGUAGAAGUAAUCGAGCUGGUUUGAAUAGACCGACGUCGUCAACAUCUGCCAAAGGUGAGACCUCAGAUAACAAGGAGACUACAGCUCCACUGAAUAAUGAAGAUGAGCGCAAAGGUACGGUCGAUUUAACAUCAAAAUUUAAGCAGGAGUAUAACAGUAGACAAAACAAGGCUGCGAAAGUACAGAAGCCUUCUACAUUGUGUGCCCGCUGUGCAAAACCCGAGAGUUCCAAACGGUGUGCGAAGUGUAAAAGCGUCUACUACUGUUCUCAGUUAUGUCAAAAAGCUGACUGGAAACAGCAUAAACCGUCGUGCGAAGAGUUGGCAGCACACUUGUGUAGCUUUUGCAGCGAGCCCAAUUGUAGUUUAAGAUGCUCUAGAUGCAAGAUUUCCUUGUACUGCUCGGUAAACUGCCAGAGAAAACACUGGACAACUCAUAAACAAAUAUGCAUGUCGGGCUUGUCUGCAAACAGCUCCGAUAUUGAUCAAGCAGAAGGGAAAACAAACGACAAUGAAACGCACAGGACAUUCGAUGAAAAGGGCCCUAAAACAACUCAAAAUACAGCACAUGAAAUAAAGAAAGGGAUGGCAGACGCAGAUCCGUCUAUAAAACGUUGCUGCAGUUGUGAGACAAGCGGAUGUAGCCUGAAGUGCUCACGCUGCAAGGCUGUGUUCUACUGCUCGCACGAGUGUCAACGUCAGGACUGGACCUCUCACAAACGUUCAUGCGUCCGGGUGUACACGGAGGAAGAACAGCGAAUCAUUGAAGAACGUCAGCGACAGAAACGGGCGCAGAGGGAAAGUAUGUUUCCGGACGGAGAACCCAAUUUUGCGAUUAACACUUCUAAUCAUCCUGGAGGCUUAGAUAGGUUCUUUGCCAUGCUGACACCAGAGCAAUGUCUCAUUAAUGAGGCGCGUCCUGCAGGAUCCCUACAGAAAGCAAUUGUAUUAGCCCGCGUGAUGUUCCCGUUUCAUGAGAUUCUCACGAGUUUUGAGAACGUGCCCUGGGAGGAAAUGUUUCCCUUCCACCUCUUCUUCGCUCUGGCCCAUCGACCAAGCGUGCUCCUGGCCUUCAUGUUCCGCUACCAUGAGCACGCAAUGAGGCAUGGCGUCUAUCUCAAGGACGACAGCGACAAUGAAAGCCAUGUAGAGUUUUACCUAGACCAUUGGGGCGACAACCCGUUCCCCUUCUUUUCUUACAAAGACGUCCGGCCCGGCGGAUAUCUCUGCAUCCAACAGCCGGAAAUUCAUAGAUUCGGAGAUGGCGCCGUCGGCUUUCGCAUCAAUGAACCACAGGAAGUCAAGAUAAUUGACAAGAAUAUGUUAAAUUGAACUUUCCGAUCAAGACUGUGAGUAGAUUUUAGAUAAUCGUUUAGCAAACACUAUGACUAUGUUAUAUUUAAUGUUCCCACUCUUGUUGUCCAUUAUGUUGUAUGAUCAUAUAUACUCCUUCGCCUGUAGAAAAGAGAGAGGUGUUCGUUGGUUUAUCGUCGUUUAAACAGAAAAUCAUGGAAUUUACAUAUAUGCUCAUCUUUUGUUUGACUGUUCUCGUGAUGGAACAUUUCCUUCGCUUUAUGGAGUGUUGUCAUUUUUCAUGAUGUAAAAGGCAAAGCAGUACAAUCUACAUGUCAUCUGAGUUAAUUGGCUACCUUUUUUAAAUAUUUGAAUUGGACCAGUGUCAAUCUUUGUUCAGACCUUAAGAACUCCUUGUAAGCAGACUAGUGGACAAAAAUCAGUCCUAUUGAAUAGUAUGACAUGACGUCGUUGCUUCCCUUGAAUAUGGAGAACACUUGUUUUCACUUUUUCGAUUCGAGUUGUCUUUAAUCUAUUUUACAUACUUCAUGAAACCAAUGUUUUUUCUCAAUUCUGAAUCAACAAUUCUAUGUAUAUCGAUGUAUAUCAGUAGCAUUCGGAGGACAUAUACACGGACAUAAGAUUUGAAAACCCACAUAUUUGAUGUAUAUUUAAAACAGUUGAUUUUGAUACAGUCUUUUCAAUGCUAUUUAAAGCCAAACAUUGAUUCCUAUUAAGAAGGAAAAGAAUUAGAAAGAACAAUAACUUAUCAUUAAACGUUUAUAUAAGAUAUUAUAAAUGUUUAUCUCCCUUUUUUUAGAAAUAUCAUUCUGACAUUUAUAUUUUACUAUUCAAUGUUGAUGUGGAAUUACAAAUGAUACCGUAUACAAAUAGAUUUGAAGUGACGUUUUAAAACGUUUGCAUUUAUAUCCAAACCGAUUUUGACAUAUGAAGCAAGGUCUGUAUAAACUUGCUUCAGUGAUUGUGAAUACAUUUGAAUGAAAACAAUAUUUAUGACCACCACAAACUGUUUUUUGUUAGUUUUUACAAAUAUCAAUAAAUUAAUCUUAGAUAUCUUAGAUUAUAACCUUCGUUUCCAUCGCCUAAAAUUGCAUAUCGUCCUUCAAUUAGUACCACACUUUCACGUUAAGACUUACAAUUAUACAACUUCUCAGACUUUGCAAAUUCAGGCGCGUCGCGUCAUACUCGUUGUCUUGUUCAAGUAAACUUUUGAACUGAAAGUAAAAUAAAACAACACUUUUAAAUACGAAAAAGACAUUAAAAAUAUUUCGAAUGGAUGUAGGGGGGUCUAACAUAGAUGAACUCUUACUUACUGUAAGCAUUAAACGGAUAAAAUAUACUAGUGUUCCGACUCUUAUAACAAAAUACGCCAAUUAUUUAGUUGCUCAGUAGAGCUAGCGCUGUGUCAAUAUUGUUAACGACCGUAACCUAGCUCGAGUAUCUAUUAUUUUUAACGGUGUUACUUCCCUUAUUGUUUACAUCGCCGUUUUCAUAUGGUCGUUUCGUCUGCAGUGAACAUGACCUUUGAUUCCGGAUGCAGAGCCGAUACAAUGAUAAUUUGGUCUCCCGCCAGCAGAAAACACGUAUUAAGUAAUAGUUAGAUGACAUGAAGUGAAUUCUUAAUUAUUAAGAAUGGGCGGAGUGAGCAAAGCGAAUGGAAUUGCAGAUAGGCAGAUAGGCAUUUAUUAAGUACUAGACUUAAGAAUUUAACUUUCGUGGGUGUUUAAAGCUCCGCUUAUUGCCAAUCGUCCGAUACACAUUCCCAGCGUCAAAUUUUGUGUUGACAAUCCACGGUAUCAGCCAAUGAGAUUGUAUUCUAAGUUAGACAAAUGACCUGAAGUAAUACCUUAAUUAUUAAGAAUUUUCUUCAUGUCAACGAACUGUUAAAUAGAGUACGUAAACAAGAACUUAAGUACUUAUUACCUUGUAAUAGUUUUUGAUUGGUUUUGGCCUUCGAAACGAUUAAGCGCAGUUCGGUGCCGACUUAUCGUUUUUAGAUUACAACCUACAUUUUUAGCCAAUGAAAUUGCAGAAAGCCAUAAAUUAAGUGCUAGAUGGUAUCAUUAAGAAUUUUACCUUUCGUGGGUCUUUAAAAGUCGCCCUACUGUCACUCAUCCGUUACACACUCCCUCGCAACGCUCAGUCCGCCCAAUCUUAAUCAUUAAGAAUUUACUUUAAUCAUUUAGCUAUUACAUAAGACCAAAGUUAAAUGCUGGCCUUUUUAGUGUUUAACGCGACUUACCGUGCACAUGCUUGAUUGAGAAAAGCAUUUUCUUCAUUUUCAUGUAUUUAUAAAAAAACAAUAGAAAUUAACUUUUAACCCAAUUAAAGUGGCACUUUGAUUCUGUUUGUAACAGAAUGAUCAGUUUUGUUUUUCUGCCUUUAGCAUCUUUUAUUUGUUCUUAUUAAAGUAAGACUUUUUCCCACUUGUGACCCCACACAAAAUCAUAUGACAUUGCGAGUUCAAAGUUAUUUUGCAACUUUUAUACUGAUGGGUUUUGUGUACUGCUGGAUUUGUUAUUUAUUUUGUUGAUUUGGGUUUGAAGGUAUUUAGCAUGUAGCAUGUCAUCAUUGAUGGUUCCAUGACUUCGCUGGAUGUUAUGGCUAUCAUUAUAAGUUGAGUUUAAAAUUCUUUCCAUGUAUCAUUUUUAGACGGAUGGUUUCAGUAUUUCGCAAAAUGGGUUGAUUAUCAUAUAAUGGCUUUGAUUACGGUGUAGUUUUCGUUCUAAUCGGUUGUAACUUCUCGUACUAGGUUAAAUAAACCAAGAAGUUUUUAA